CAUCCUAUUAAUUGCAUGCUACCAAAACACCUCCUAAUUAUAAUGCUGUUAAAAGAUUCCUUUUCUCUAUAAAUAACUCCCACAAUUGCCUAAAUUGAAUUUUCUCACACCAAUCAACACAAACAAGCACUGUGUGGCCACUAAGCUUUCAAAAAACUGCAACUUUAUCCACACCAGGGCUUCUUCCCUUUCCUUAACCAAUGGACCAUCAACCACCGUCGCCGACAACGAAGCCGCACAUCUUAAUCAUAACCUUCCCCGCGCAAGGCCACCUCAACCCAGCUAUCAACCUUGCCAAACGCCUCCUCUCUUCGACCAACUCCGACAUCACCUUCUGCACAGCCACGACCGCGCACUGCCGAAUGUUCCCUUCACUCCCUUCCCCCGCCUCCCCAAUCCUCCACAACGGAAUCACCUACAUUCCCUUCUCCGAUGGCUUCUCCUCCCUCCAAAAUGCCAACGACACGGAUCUCCGCUCUCUGGUGUCCCAAGUCAGAGAACUUGGCUCCAGCCAUCUCACCACCAUCCUCCAAGACCUCGCCUCCUCCGGCCGCCCAGUCACCUGCCUCAUCUACACCAUCAUGGUCCAAUGGGCUGGUGAUGUUGCUACUGAACUCCGCAUCCAUUCCGCUCUCUACUGGAUCCAAGCAGCCACUAUUCUCUCCAUCUACCACCACUUCUUCAACGGGUACGAAUCUUUCAUCGUCUCCCACGCCAAAGAUCCCUCUUUUCCAAUCUCUUUCCCAUCGCUCCCCACUUUUCAAAUCCGCGAUCUUCCAAACUUCCUCACCAUCACCUCACCGGACGACCCGUUCUUCGAUAUCCUUAACGCCUUCCGCAAACUGUUUACAGAUUUGUCUCUGAGAAGACAAGCAGGGGAGAAGCCGAGGGUGCUUGUGAACUCGUUCGAUGAGUUAGAGAUGAACGCUCUGGCACCCAUGGAAGAACAUAUGGAGUUAAUCACGGUGGGUCCGGCGGUGCUGAACGAGGCGGAAGGGGAAACAGAGGAUAUGUUUGAGGAAGACGAGGAGGAAUACAUGGAAUGGUUGGAUUCGCAGGAAGAUAAAUCAGUGGUGUAUGUGGCGUUUGGGAGUGUGCAUAAGAUGAGUAAGGAGGAAAUUGAGGAGAUUGGUAAAGGUUUGAAAGAAAGCCAAAGACCAUAUCUUUGGGUUAUUGGGAAGGACAGAAGAUGGCAUGAUAUGAACAUUGUUGGCGAGGUGAAACAGGGAAUGGUUUUGAAAUGGUGCAAGCAGGGAAGAGUGCUGAGGCACAAGGCGGUGGGAUGCUUUGUGACGCACUGCGGGUGGAAUUCGACGUUGGAGGGAUUGCUAUACGGCGUUCCGGCGGUGGCGAUGCCGAAAUGGUCCGAUCAGGCAACGAACGCGUGGUUGAUGGAGAGGCAAUGGGGAAUGGGAUUGAAGGCGGAGGUGGGAGAGAAAGGGUGGGUCUUGUCGGAGGAACUGAGGAGGUGUUUGGAUAUUGUGAUGGGGGAAGGGGAGAGGGGGGUGGAGAUGAGGAUGAAGGCGGAGAUGUGGAAGGAGAAGGCGAGAAAGGCCAUUAGUGAGGGAGGGUCGUCGGAGAAGAAUCUCAUGGCGUUUGGUUGCCAAAGAAACAAACAUUAAGAUGCUCUGGCUUCUGAAUUAUUCAUGCUUGGCAGCUUGAUUUUGAGUUGUCGUUUGUGUUUUAAGACUGUAAUAUGUUCUCUAUCUAUGGGAUGAUUUGCUAAUUCGUGGACUAUAAUUUGUUUGGUAAAAAAAAGUUAUUGGCAGCCAUUGUUGCGAUGUGGGUUAGCUUUCAGCGUCAUAGGGAAGCAUCGGAAAUUAAUAUGAGCUGUCUGAUGUACAACGGCUACCAAACGCAAUUUAUAUGCAUUUACAUAUCUA